AAAAAAAGACUUUGGGAACUUUAUCAUCCCACCCACCUUUCGCUCUUUUGCUGGUUUUCCCUCAAUUAUAUUAGAGCUCUUCAAAAGAAGUUCAUUGCAGAUUCAUAAAUUCCUACAAAUCUCGCAUCAAAAUCUCCACAUCAAAAGGUGUUGAGAGAACCUUUCCUACAAUAUGCCUGCUGUCACCGAUAUUAAGCAUCCCAGCCACCCACGGCACUAUCUAAAACUCGAACAUCCCUCCACACCUUACUUCUGUGAUGGGUGUAAAGAGCUCGGAUUUGGGAGAUGCUAUAGAUGCAGAAACUGUAUGUUUUAUAUGCAUGAGGAAUGUGCAAUACCUUCCUCACCUACUUACCAUCAUCUCUUUGAAGGAUGUAGAUUCGACUUUUAUAAGAGAUCUCCAACAUUUGGGGAUAGAAUUUGUGAUGCAUGCGGGAAAGAUGUGAAAGGGUUUCUGUACCAUUGCUCGUCUAGGGGAUAUGAUAUGCACCCUAACUGUGCAAAGCUCCCACUCACCUUAAGUAGUGAAGGUGUGACACUAGAACUGAAAAAAAAGGCUUCCUCAGCUUGCCAAAAAUGUCGUAUUCUUAGUGGUCCAAAAAGCUGGUUUUAUGUUUCUACUUGCCGCAGAUACUGUCUUCAUGUGGCAUGUAUAAAAGAGAUGAUUCUUGAGGCCUGGAAAAAUAAAUACUUUGAUCAACAAAGACGCCAUGAAAUCAAUAGAAAUCGCUUAGAAUUGCCGCGUAUAGCAUCUGGAAGAGAGAGAACAGGACAUAGGGGAAGAAGCUUAUCACCUGGCAGAGAGAUACAAGGACACAAGGGAAGAACAGGCUCAUCGGGUGGACGGGAUAGCAGAAUUGACAGAAAGACAAAAGGGUAUACGAAUAAGGGAAGAUGCUCAUCAUGCGGACGAUAUCCUAGCAAUCGCGGAAUCAUAAAGGGAUAUGUGGGAACGAACACUGCAAUGAUCUUGUUUAAAACUGGAAUCAAAGUUCUCGAAAUUAUCUUUUCGGUUAUUUUGGGAGUUCCGAUCCCUCCGAUUAUGUCUGCUGCUUAUUAUUUUGCCACUAUAUUAUUUUCAACUUAAUGUGCUUUAUUGUUUCAAGUCUAUAUGUGAAACCUGCUUGGCGAAGUGGUAAUAAGUUGUUUUUUUUUUUAUUUUCACAAUCGAGUCCAUUCGGAUUCAAACUCUUGACCUAAUAGCCCUGAAACCACUCGAGUACCAUGAAUUGGUUGAUUUGGUUUGUUGUUAAGGAUGUUUUGUCUUGAGUUUGUACUGUUGUGGUCAUUUUCCUGGACUUUUUCUUAUCAAUAAAAUCUGCUUGCUUAAUAAAAUUUUCCUUUUGAUUUU